AUGGAAGAAGGAGCAGGUGUAUUCUGUGACCCUAAGGUUGAUGGCUCACAAGCAGUGGGAUAUUUUACAGGAGGGGCAGGGGGGCCAUCUGGUGCCUCCUUGGAGGCAAUAAUUUUCUCCCCUGAUAUCAUUGGUUGUUCCUUCUUCCAGACAUAUGACAUCUAUAAGGAGCAGAGGAAGCAUAUUCCUUAUCCAGUGAUUCCAGAAAAGUACCGCCAUGAUCAUCGCUACACAUCAAGUAAACCUGGUGCAUUUACUCCCCUGAAAGAUAAUUUGGAGAUGAAGAAGAAACAUCGAGUAGAUGAUGAACCACAGGAAUCAAUUUGCAACACAGACAAGGAAGAAUCAUGCAGUGGAGAGAGUUCUCAUAACUCAGCUGAAGCAUUAAGGAAUGAGAACACCAUAGAUGAAGAAGCUCACGUUGAUGAUGAACUAGAUGAACCUGCUCGUGAAAUCUCCCCAGACUUGGCUAUGAUAGAAGAUAAAAUCAUCAUGGUAGAGCAAGUUUCUGAGAUGUCAUGUGAGCAUUAUCUUGAGCAGAAGAGGAAGCGUCAGGAGCUUGGAAAUCGACUGGCAAAACGUGUCCAGUACCUCCUCCAGCUGGUGAAUGGAAUCAUUCAACGAAAUCAGAGUUCUUGCCUCCAGUUACUUCAAGAGCAGGUUGUGUUUAAGGACUUGGAGGAAGCAUAUGACCAAUUGACACAGGUGGCUGCUGGUGCUCCUGACCUUGUGAGUAAAGUUCACUUGCGAGCUGUCAAGGAGGCUAUCCUGCUAUUGCAUCCUGUCCUUGAAUUUGCAAAUGACUUCCAUACUGGACCAAAGGAGGAAGCAGCCUUCAAGAAAGAAAUGGAAGGAGACUCUCCCUGCCCAACUAAACAUGCAUUCCAGUUCUUUGCAUCAGACACAUACAAAUUCUGGUCUUUCAGCAGCUUCACAAAAUCCUGCUUCAUCACGGGGGCACUUGCUUGA